AUGGCGACCGACACUGUGCCUAUUGACACCGGCUCCAUCGUUCGCCUAGAGGUCCAGGACGGCACUACCGCACUGAAUUGGCACCGUUUCUCACAGAGUCUCACCGGCGUCCUCCGCUCCACCAUUAUUGGCGGUGUCAACCUCCACUCCGUUGUCUUUGCCGAACCGGAUGGCCUUGAGCCCAAGCCACCUCCCCUCCUUGGUCUUGAACCUCCUCCUCCACCACCCCAUCCUGGUGAAGCACCUCGCCCGCCCGAUCUCCCUCGCCUCGUUUCUGACAACACCACCAAUCCCUCGCGCCUCAAAACCUACGCGGAGGAUGUAGCGACACACACGCGACUUGUGGAUACCCACAAGGCAGCCCUUGCUGCUCACACCACGGCUGCUGCCCUUCAUGCGAAGUACACUGCUGAUAAGACGUCGUACACCUCCCAGCUGACUGAUUUCCAUACUCGCCAUGCCGCCUGGUGCAUUGCCGACACUCGGGCUAUUGGCCCCAUCAACUCCUGCAUCCCGACCUCGCUCCAGAGCGAGCUUGACGCCACUUCCUCUGCAGUUCUCUGGCGCGCCCUCUGUGAUUUGUAUGACCGUCGGGACAUGGCAUCUCUUCAUGCCCUCUACCGUGACUUCAACGCUAUCACCCUUGACAACUGCACCGCCGUAGCUGACUAUACUCGUCGUCUCAACAACACAUCUCGGCGUCUUCGGGAGCGUGGGGCCACUAUUGACGACCCCCUCCUCAUUUGGCGCAUCCUCGAGGGACUCACCCCGGCUUAUGAGAUGCACCGCAUCGCCUACGACAUUGUUCUAUCUCCCCACGCCACGGCUGCCGAAGUCACCGCAUGGGUCCUUCAUACUGAAGCAAAGCUUACCCGCCAGUCCCCCUCCACCCUCAACUUCACACAGGGACGCGGAGGACGUGGGGGGCGUGGUGGCAAGGGUCAUGGUGGAGGGAGUGCCGGAGGCGGUGGUGGUCGAGGUGGAGGGGCUGGCAGUGGCGCUACAGCCACCACCUUCUCAGCUCCACCAGGCUCUGGCGAGUCACCUGCCUCCCCACCUCCUGCACCAGGUGCAAGUCUUUCUUCCCCCCCUUCCAGAUCCACAGCCUCAGCAGCAGCAGCAGCAGCAGCAGCAGCUGCAGCAGCAGCAGCAGCGGCAGCAGCAGCUGCAGCAGAUGCACCCGGGGUUCCAGGGCGUUCCGCCUAUGCAGCAGCAGUACUUGGGGCCACAGCAUCACCCGGGUUUCCUAGGUCCCCCCCUCCUCCCUUAUCCUCCCCAGCCACAGCAGCCCCUUCUCCAGCAGCAGCCAUACUCUGGCUUCCCCCCUGCCCCCCCCAGUGUCUCUGA